AUGGCGGACAGCAGCGCGCCUGGCGCGCCGGCAGUGCCGUCGGAUGGCACGGCUGGUCGGCUGCGUCCACCUGCAGCCGGGGUGCGCGCUCGCCCUGAUGCCGCGUCGUCGCCGCUCACGAACGCCCUCCUGAAGCGCCCUGCCGACCGGCCAGCCGGCGAGCACGAGCGCGCAGCUUCUCGAUCCCGCGGCGCAGCGCCGCGGAUGGAGGCCCUCGGGUCGGUGGAGAAGGACCCGGGCGCAUCCGCCUCGACCCGCACCGCUGAGGCGCCAGCAGUUGCGGCGCGGCAGACUCGCGCCAAUUCGGCGCAGCUCGCCUUGGAGCCCAUCGCGCUCUCAAAUCGCCUCGAGACCAUGCUCCUCGGCAACCAUCCCGUCCCUGCACCUUCCAACGAGGUGAGCGUCGCCAGCGAGGUCUCCAACGGCAUCAUUCUCGUCGCGAAAGCUGCCGUCGACGCGCUCUUUUCGUCGCCGCAGCGCGCUGCGCUGAUGGCUCUCGGGCUGCGGGACCUCAAAAAGGCUGCGCUGGCGUAUCUCGUGUGGGACCUCCGCGGCGUGCUGGCGGGCGCGCGCAACGACCAGGCGGUCGCGUACGGCAAGCGGCUCCAGACGCACGCGGCCAGCGUCGAGAGGGAGCUACUCAAGUGCAAGCGGCGCAAGGCAGCAGACGGCGCGGAGGAGGCGCUUCUUGCCGUGGUGCCAGAGGCGCUGCAGGACGUGCCGACGCCGGAGGCGACGGAGACGGACAGCGAGCCCGACCCGGAACCGACGCCGUCCGCCGAGAUCGAGACUUUCUAUCCCACGUCGCUUUGCGACCGCGAGUGGGAGCGCUACACCUCAGCCAUUGAGCAGUCGGCGGACAGGGCCCUCGCGCAGCGCGACGACGAGCUGGGAGCCUCAUUUAGGGAGUACGUGGCCAGCAGCAACCCAAUGCACCAGCAGACUGCAGACUGCUUACGUAAAACGGCAGCGUUGGCCCUGUUCGACGGGGAGCUCCGGUAUUGGUGGCGAAUGCAUCGGGCAGAGGAGCGGUCGCGCAGCGUCUUGGAAGAGGAGCUGCGGGAGGUGAUUGGGGAGUUGAAGCGAUGCGCACGUAGUUUAGACGCAUGCACCGACCAGCUGGACGAUGCGUUUCGUGAGAUCGACUCGCUGCGCGAGGCGCUUGCGGCGUCUCGACGUGCUUGGCCUCAUGUCGGAGGCGGGCGCGCGUAG